AUGCUGCCUUCUCUCAACGACCUGACGCCGCCGCCACUUAAUUAUGAUAAUACAGGUCACUCUCGUGCUUCUGUUGAUCAUUAUGCUGGCAGUCUUGCACCUUCCACUAACAAUGUGUCAGUCAAUGACGGCCUCUCCGCAUACAACGCUCCUGACACUCCUUUGAAACUGACCUCACGCCAUUACGAGGUCCACGAGGUGGCCAACGACAAUCCUUACAGCUACGACGCCGAUACCUUUCUCAACCGGGCUGCAAGCAAAUUGCGCAUCAAGUCUGCUUUUCACUGGGUUGACCCGAGAUUCUUCCACGAGCGGGCGUGGUUUGGCUGGGGCAUUCCGCGUUCUUAUCAGCUACCAGGACACUACUACAAAUCCGCAAGCGACAAGCCGAUCGACGUCUGGAAGCAUCGUGAUGUAUUCCGGCGGAAGUUCGCCGGCCUCAAUGAGGACCGCUAUCUUAACCCACUUGAUGGGAGGGUAGAGAAACUAUUUGUCCAGACUAUCAGUGAGCUCUACGACACCGACAACGCUACCACUUGGCGGAGGACGUAUAUCGACAAUGUCAGUCCAUGGAUUAUUCGCCUGGCCUAUUGGCCAUAUUCUCAUAUGCCUGAUCCAAGGCGACCAUACUCCUUGGAUUAUGCAGUUCGCAAAACGUCACCCUCCGGCAUCCGUGCGUGGAAGCAAGAACAAUGGGUUCACGUUGGUGUAAGGUGGCUCCCCGCUUGCUUCGGCCUGCUCGUCCUCAUGAGCUACCCCACCGAUAUUGAGGGUCAGGUCCGGAACCACGGUAAUUACGACCCUGUGCCUUAUCGAUACUGGUCCUAUCCAGUUACGGCUCGCAAUUUCCGUGAGAAUCUGGGCGAGAAGCCGAAUUCCCGUUUCAUAAGCUCAACCAAGGACUUCAGACUAUCUGAUCGAUGCCUCAGACCUCGACUGCUCUGUUUCUUGGAUGUGCAAACAGACGAUAAUCCCAGAGGACUGCUUGAUCCACAGAGGUGGAUCGACGCCCAUGGCGGCGGUGUCGAACCCACCUACAUUUUCGUAUCUUACACUGCUGAGAAACAAUUUGAACGGCGCUGUCGUGAGGCAAGGAGGGACAUCCAAGAAACUGGAUCCUCCAGCUGUGCCUGUGACGCAUGCCGCUACUCCGCCGCCGAUGCAGAAGCCCUCCACGCGAUUGCCUAUCAGGCUGCCCGCAACGCCGGGGUUGCGGCAUACUGGACGGAUCAAUGCUGCAUGUCCAGUGACAAGAACGAAUUGCAGGAUGACGUAUAUCGAAUCAGCGAUGUGACCCGCGGAGCAGCGAAGAUCGUCGUGGUCGUAGGCCGUUCCGGGCGGAACCAUCUUCCUCCCGGAGUUACCGCCCUUGACCUUCUUAGAGAAUGGGGCACCAGGAUGUGGACUUGGCCAGAAGUUCUGCUUGGCCCGGCGGGCGAAAAGAUCCAGGUUUACACACGCGGAGGCGAUAUGAAUGCGCCGCUUGAGAUCUCAAAGAUGGAGUUCCCCACCCAAGUGUGGGAUGACGGCGAAGUCGCGAGGCAGCUGAUCGACAACUACGAGGGUACUCUGACUUUGAGUCGGCUCGAGCUUGUCAUCCUGGCACUUGAAUGUCUCAAAGCCCGAGUCGAGAAAGGGACGACCAAGUAUCUCGACGGCGACCUCUCCUACGCCCUGAUGGGACUGCUGAGACAGCGACCCAAAGUGGACCCUACGGACUCUGCUUUCCAAGCUUUCUCACGGCUCUCCCUUGCCAAUGAUAGCGACCAGCUGCUUGAGAGAAUGAUAUGUCUUCUUCCUGUUGAGCAGCUUGCCGACUCUCAGCUCGAUGCGCAUCCCGACCGACCUACCAGCCACAUGGACUCGGAUGGCACUCGAGACAGCCGCGAGAGACAUUACUGGGCCAACAUGAACGACUACUGGGGCGCCAAACUGUGGGACAUUGAACCCACCUGCCAAGUCGCCGGGAUAGGCCACGAUGAUACUGUCAUACUAGACGGCGCCCACGCCGCGACCAUCCAUUGGGAUCGAUUCCGACGCGUAGCCAUCACGACUCGCGAAACUUGGUCCCGGACCCUGGCUCGAUAUUUCGUGCGAGGCACGCCGGCGUGGUUCUUCACCGGCGUGUUGACUCUCGCGUUCGCGGCUGGCAGUUCCACCACCAAGGGCGUUGGAGCAUUGUUCCUCGUCGUUGCACUUCUCACCGUCCUCCUCUCCCCAAUGCUCAUCUUGCAUAUCUACGGCGGGAAAGUCUGGAACACGCAGCCCUGGCUCUUCGGCUUCGAAGGACACAUGACCCUGCGGAAGAUUGAGAUGAAGAUCUUCGGGUUUCCCUCGGAACGUCUUUCAUGGGCCCCCUACGCGAGUAAUAUGUCUCACCACCGAGUUAACACCGAGUUUCUGGCCGACGAGUGCGAAGGGACGGAUCCAUUGCUUGCGGGCGACAGUGAGCCCGAGGUGAUUGUCUCGCGGUCGGGAGCAAAGCUGAGGCUAUUCACACUUAUCGAUACGAAUACUAUGACAGUAACAACCUUCCGCGCAGCCCGGCCCCCCACGAUCGCCCUCCUCUGCGGCUCUGAGGGCGGGAUGCAGCGAGCAGUGCUGUGCUCGUAUGACUGGACGAAUCAAUGUCUCUGGCGAGAGACGGUGCUGCGCAUGGAGACUGUGGUGCUGGAGAAGAUGUCCCGCAUCGGGAGGGUGAGGUUUGGACUGCGGCGACGUGAGGCGGACGUGGAGAGGAGUUAUUUGCGGCCGCCUUGA